CUUGAACGAUAUAAACAGAGCGGUUCCACUCUGAGAGCCCUCACUUAACUUCAAGACCGGCAUUAUCUAAAUUUCUUUGGACUUUAAGAUCAUAUUCUGGCGAGUGGCAAGGACCUUCAACACUUGCCAUUCAGUUUAGGUGUAUAUUGGUUGACACUCCGUAUUCUUGAAUCUUGUCUAGAGCUGCAGUAAACCAGACAGCGUUCCAAACAAAAGCCACUGAAUGACUUGGCUAUAGCCGACAGCCUACAUGCAUUGUUUUUAUCUAGCUAUAACUUGAUUUAGUACAUUUAUAUUGGUGACCUGUUAAGCUGUGUCUAUAGCUAUGAAUAAAUCUAAGCUAGCAAUCGGACUUUUAGUCGUUGGCACUCUGACCGUAGUUUUUGGAACAGUUAUUGUUUUCGUUGGACCAAUCAUUAUCGACAACCAAAUAGUCAAGAACUUAGUGAUAGACCCUAAGAAUGAGAUGUCCUACACCAUGUGGAAGGAUGUCCCUGUCCCCUUCUUUAUGACUGUCUAUUUCUUCAAUGUCCUGAACCCUACUGAAGUCCUGGCUGGAGAGAAACCCAUGGUGGAGCAGAAAGGACCCUACGUAUACAGGAAGCGUAUUCAGAAGCAGAACAUCACCUUCCAUCCAAACCACACAGUGUCGUAUCUUGAAUACAGGAGCUACUUCUUUGAGCCCAGCAUGUCAGUGGGCAAUGAGUCGGAUGUGGUCACCAUCCCCAACAUGCUUGUGUUGGGUGCAGCAGUGAUGAUGGAGGACUUGCCGUUCGCAGUGCGUCUGAUGAUCAGCACCACCUUUAAGACCUUUAAUGAGGGACCUUUCCUCACCAAGUCUGUAGGAAAGCUGAUGUGGGGCUACGACAGCAAGCUGGUGGACUUCCUCAAUAAAUGGCUCCCUGGGAUGCUGCCCUCCACUGGCAAGUUUGGCCUUUUUGCUGAGUUCAACAACUCAAACACUGGUUUGUUCACAAUCCACACCGGCAAAGAUGACAUCAGGCUGAUUCACAAAGUGGACUCAUGGAAUGGCCUGACCAAGUUGACCAAUUGGAAGACUCCUCAGUGUAACAUGAUCAACGGUACAGCAGGACAAAUGUGGCCUCCCUUCAUGACUAAAGAGUCUACACUGCCCUUCUACAGUCCUGACGCCUGCAGAUCUUUGGAGAUGGUGUACCAGCGUGAGGGGAUAAUGGAGGGGAUUCCUCUGUAUCGUUACGUGGCUCCUAAGACUCUGUUCGCUAAUGGCUCAGACUACGCUCCUAACGAGGGAUUCUGUCCCUGCAGACAGUCUGGCCUCCUCAACGUCAGCAGCUGCAGAUCCAACUCCCCAGUGUUUAUCUCCCACCCGCACUUCUACAAUGCUGACCCUGUCCUGCUGGACUAUGUACAGGGACUUCAGCCUACUGAGGACCAACAUGGACUCUUCAUAGACAUCCACCCUGAGACUGGUGUACCUCUGAAUGUGUCUAUCCGUCUGCAGCUCAACUUGUACAUGAAGAAAGUGUCUGGGAUCACGGAAACGGGGAAGAUCUCAGAGGUGAUGAUGCCCAUGAUGUGGUUUGAGGAGAAUGGUUAUAUCGACGGUGAAAUCCUGACGACGUUCCACACUAACAUGGUGCUAUUGCCAAUGGUGAUGGUGUACAUGCAGUACUGUUUCAUAGUCCUGGGCCUGGCCACCAUACUGGGGGUUGUACUACUAUACUACAGGAAGAAGGCGUCGUUGAAAAAAGAUCUGCCUACAGUGAUCCAGAACCAUGGGGUUGGUCCACAUGUUAAACUGUUCCCAAUCACUCCUGAAAACAUGCCUCUAUCAUAUCAAUCAGAAGAAUGUGAUGGCAAUAUGAAUAUCAAAUAAUAAAAUAAUGAUUUACCCUGACAGAUUCUGAUCUGCCUCUAUUUGAUUAUAACAGUCCAUCAUUAGGAAGGGUGGCCAACUCUGGUCCUGGGGGACUGAUGUGCAGGCUUCUGUUCCAACCCAGCUCUAAAACGCAUGCUAAACUAUAGGGGUCAUGGUCUUUAAUCUGGACCAGAAUGAUUUAUAGUCUCUAGAUAUUUAGUCUAGUUCUAUUGGUCAGAUUGAAGACUGACUGUAGUAUUAGCCUAACCAGGUGUGUGGAAGCUGGGUUGGAGUAAAAGCCUGCACACACUGGCCUUCUGGGACCAGAGUUCUCCUGAUCAGUGGGAGAAAGAUGUUUAUAGAUCACUUCCAGCCUGUUUGUUAAUGUAUGAAGCUGAUCAAUCAGGUCGAUCAGAGGGACAAUCCAAAUGUUACGAUUGAUUGGUCAAGAUUGUCUCUGAGGUGUUUCAUUAACCAAUUGCAUUAACCCUCGAUGUCUUGCAUGCCACGCCCUCAAUCAUUUCUGCUUUCAAACUGCAUGAACACACUCACAAAAAUGUACACACACUGCAGUAAUGAAACCGCACACUGCAUGAACACACACACUGACUCAACGGCUGAGAAACUAAAUACUGGGCCAUGUUCAGUACAAAAACAUUGUGGAAUGUUGCAGAUAGAAAAGCCAUGACUAGAGCUGAGUGGAUUACGUAUUCUAUAUACCAGUGAGGUAUGUAUAUUGUACAUUUCUAUCUGAACUUUGGCCAACGUUUUCCUGCUGAACACGGCCCUGAGCUUCUUCUGUCACAUAAUCGAAUACCUGACAGCAAAUAAGGUUGCUCUGUAGCUGCUCUGAUUGGCUGAUUUAGUGAAGGU